AUGAUGCAGAAACAAGAGAGCUACCGACUCGGAUGUCUAAGAUUGGUUGAACCAGAGUGGGAGACUUGGUACAAAAUCGAUAGAUCAUGUUUUGGUCAUAUUUGUAUGAGAAGAAUUUCUUUGGGAAAUUUAGCGGUCCCGAAAGCGUACCCAGUAGCGUGA